ACUAAAUGGUUGUGCAUAACUAAAACUAGUGAUGGCUCGGUGCGUAAAGGAGCGGCGCACGCCAAAGUGAGCGAGUGUCAGUGGAAGAAAUUACACCGAAGAUGUCAACAUUGCUUUACCACCCACUCAAAAUCGAUUGUAUUACCUUCAAGAAGGUGGCUCUUCGUAUAAAUAGGAAGGCAUUAUUUCAAGAAAGACGGUGGUGAGCACAGCCAGCUGUUCUCUCUCUUUUUUUUUAAUCGGGAUCAAAGACAACGACUGGAAGAAUUUGCAGAAGAUAACUGUGUCCCGACUGCAGGGCAAACGCAUCUUUAACUCCUCGAGCAACAGGUGAAGUCAUGCAGGUGGAGAGGAAAUGGCACAUACUGUUGACUAUCUUUUUUCUGCUCAUCACCUCGGGUCAGUGUAUGGACAGCAAGGAGGUCAGGCAGAAAGAGAGAAGGACCCUGUUGGAUCUGAUCUUACAGGUGAUCAGAGACAGCCAGCAAGGGAACAAACUCGUCUCUCGGCGCUGCAGCAGUGGACUCUACUCUUCAGCUCAAGACAUGAAGUUCUCCUCCCAUGAAAAGCCUUUCUAUGUCCCUAGGCUGGAUAACAGAAGACUCAUAGAAAUUGUUCCUAGAGAUGCCAACAUGAAAGGCAAAUUCAUUCAGCAUUUCGGAGCAGGACAAGUCAAGUUCUCAUCGGAGUGCAAAACACACUUUCAUAGACUUUACCACAACACAAGGGACUGUUCAAGACCAGCAUACUACAAAAGAUGUGCAAGAUUGCUAACACGAUUGGCAAUGAGUCCACUCUGCAUGCAAUCAUAGAUAUUGCGUGUCCCAGCAUAAAGAAAGAGGGAUCAAUGUGUUGCCAAGGAAGUGCCUUCAAAUCCACAGCAGUCAUAAUAACAUUGUUGUGUUUUAUAGUAUUUCUAUUUUUGUUUCUUUUGUUGCUAUUUUAAAAAAUGCCGAUGGACAUUCCUGUUUUUUUUUUUUUUUGACUGAAUUUACUUUUUAUUUUAACAGUGUAACUGUGUGUAUCACAUAUUUUUAAGGAAAUAAUAAUUUAAUAUCAAAUGUACCUAUUUAUUUAAAGGGUAUGUACCUUACUAAUUUCACAGUCAUUCCAAAUCAGAGUAUUUUUGGUUGUGAAUGUCAUGCAUGAUGGAGAGAAAGCUCUUUUGUUUUCUAAUAUUUGAAUUUUACUUCAACUAUCUCACUGAUGACAUGCUCUGCCAUCGUCCUCAUUACAUUUUAUUUGGCACUUGAGUGAUUGCUGGCAAUGCCUACAUAUGGAAUAAUAACAGUGGUGAUAAUACACUGUGGUAUUGAACAAUAAAAAAUG